AUGAGGGUGGUAAGAGGGCCCGACGUCCACAGGUACACAGCGGUGGUGAUGCCUGUCCUCUACAACACCACACACAGCUCCAGGAAGCGGGUCUCAGCCAUGAUCGCGACAGUGUGGAUCCUGGCCUUCGCUGUCUCCUGCCCCCUUCUGUUCGGAUUCAACACAUCAGACGACCCGACGGUGUGCUCCAUCUCCAACCCUGACUUUGUCAUCUACUCGUCGGUGGUGUCCUUCUACCUGCCCUUCAUCGUCACCCUGCUGGUGUACGUCCGCAUCUACGUCUUCCUCAGGAAGAGGAGGAAGAGGAUCGCCUUCCGCCACUCCAGCAGCGGGAAGGUCCAGCCAGGCUCGGCCCCAGCCCUCCGCGAAACGUGUCUGCAGGAGGAGACCCCCAAGGAGAACAGAGACCUGUCCCCUAUCAGGAUCAAAGUG